AUGGCCCAGGCACAACUGCAGCAACUGAUACCCUCCCUGCUGGCUGUGCUGGUCGUCUUGCUGUUUCAACCCGUGCUUCCCCGAAUCGCGUACGAACCAACCUGGGAGUCACUGGAUUCCCGACCUAUGCCAGAAUGGUUCGAUGACGUCAAAUUCGGCAUCUUCAUUCACUGGGGAGUGUUUUCCGUGCCUAGCUUCGGCAGCGAAUGGUUUUGGUGGUAUUGGCAAGGAAGCAAAUCAGAAGCCUAUGUUAAUUUUAUGUUGAAGAACUAUCCCUCUGGUUUCCAGUAUGAAGACUUUGGGCCAUUGUUUACAGCACAGUUUUAUGACCCAAAACAGUGGGCAGAAUUACUGGUGGCUUCAGGGGCAAAGUAUGUUGUCCUUACCUCAAAACAUCAUGAAGGGUAUACCUUGUGGGGUUCGAAAUUCUCCUGGAACUGGAAUUCAGUGGAUGUGGGUUCCAAGCGUGACUUGGUUGGUGAGCUGGUUGGAGCCAUUAGGAAUAACACGGAUUUACACUUUGGGCUCUACCACUCUCUGUUUGAGUGGUUCAACCCUUUGUUCUUGUCAGAUAAAGCAAAUUCCUUCAAGACACGUGAGUUUCCUAACACAAAAUCCUUGCCUGAGCUGUAUGAGCUUGUGAGAAAAUACAAGCCAGAAAUCCUAUGGUCUGAUGGAGAUGGCAAUGCUCCCUAUGAAUACUGGAAUAGUACUGGCUUCUUAGCCUGGCUGUACAAUGAAAGUCCUGUGCGAGAUACUAUUGUAACUAAUGACCGAUGGGGCUCUGGCUGCAUCUGCAAACAUGGAGGCUAUUAUACAUGCACCGACCGUUACAAUCCUGGACACCUUUUAGCCCGCAAAUGGGAAAACUGCAUGACUAUUGACAAACGUUCUUGGGGAUAUCGGAGAAAUGCCUUAAUCUCAGAACUACUUACUAUUGAGGAACUGAUAAAGGUGUUAGUGGAAACUGUAUCAUGUGGUGGCAAUUUACUGAUGAACAUUGGGCCUACCUCUGACGGUCGAAUUCCUGUUGUAUUUGAAGAACGCCUUAGGCAUAUGGGUCGAUGGCUUAAGGUUAAUGGUGAAGCUAUAUAUAGCACAAAACCUUGGAGAGCACAAAAUGAUACUUUAACUCCCGGAGUGUGGUAUACAUGUAAACCCAGAGAGCAAGUUGUGUAUGCCAUAUUUCUGAACUGGCCAGCAGGUUGGAAAAUAACUCUUGGAGAACCUAGAACUGACGCUGCAAAAACACAGGUUCAGUUAAUUGGCUACAAAGGAAACCUUAACUGGGAGCCAUUGGGCGAGAAAGGAAUGGUAGCAAAUUUGCCAGUGCUUACUCCUACACGGCUGUCAAUGAAUUCGGGAUGGGCACUUAGGAUCAAAAAUAUUAAAUGAAAAUGUAUCGACGCCUUCUAAUCAUGGUUCAACUCUGACCUUUUGGCAAAAUUAUUUUUAUGCUGGAAAUUGAAUGAAUAAAUAAAGCACUGGAUAUUCAUUAU